UGCAGCUCGGCGCUUUGACGCUAGCCAGGCGUCAUUUGGUGUGAAAGCCACGUCAAGGUGGACCACACCUGACAUGCUGGACGCCCUGGCUUACCUGCACGACUCGGACCUGGUGGCGGGCUUCCAGAGGCGAUGCGGACUCUUCCUGGUCGAUGACGCUCAUCACACACGGGGGGUGGCGCCAGCUGGAACCCCGGACCACAUGGACCAAUCGGGUGGUCUGCAGAAGACAACCCGGAAGUACCAGGACAGCAAUUCCAACUACAAAUAUGAAGAAAAUGGUUGUAUCAGGCCCAAGUAUGAAGUGAGGAACUGGCCGCUGCACAUCGUCUUCCUGUUCUCGGCUGGCCUGGGACACGAGGUCUUUUACAUCACCUGUCUGCCGACUAUACAUUGGAACCUGGACCCCUUCUUGUGUCGACGCCUCAUCAACAUAUGGGCUUUGGUGAUGUACAUCGGCCAGGUAAUGAAGGACGUGCUGAAGUUGCCCCGCCCCCUCUCCCCGCCGGUGGUCAAACUGGAGACACGUGUCGACGCCGAGUAUGGCCUCCCCUCGACCCACGCCAUGGCCGCCACCGCCAUCUCCUUCACAUUGUUGCUCAGUGCCCCCUCUAGAAUCCAGUUCCAGUUUGAGGUGGGUCUGCUGAUGGCUGUGACUUUGUCCACGAUGGUGUGUUUGAGCCGUCUCUACACGGGCAUGCACUCGGUUUUGGAUGUUAUCUGUGGCGUUUUGAUCUCAGCACUGGUGAUGUACGCCACUUACCCGUACUGGGAAGCCUUUGACCAGUUCCAGCUCAGCAGCAGCAUCUCUCCCAUGGCGGCCUUGGUCGUGCCCUUCUUCCUCAGCCUCACGUACCCACAGCUGGAACACUACAGCACCACGAGGGGGGACACCACCACCAUCCUUGGAGUCGGGGCCGGAUGCUCUGUUGGGUAUUGGAUGAACGAGCAGUUGGGGGAGACGUUUGACCCCCAAGGGGUGCUGCCCGUACCCCUACCCCCACUGACAACACACACACUGGCGUUGGGCACUGCCCGCUUCCUUGUUGGCGUGUUCGCGCUAGUUGGAACCCGGCAGGCGAUAAAAGCAGCCAGCUUAUAUUUGUUGUACUGGUGGUACAACAUUCCAGAAAACGACAAGUCCGCCACCAGGAGGAAAGAGAUCGAAGUGCCAAGCAAGUUUGCCACGUAUGCCAGUGUUGGACUUGUUCAUUCUUUUCUAGUCAACAGAAUAUUCAUUCUACUGGGGAUACUAUGAUUAAUCAAAGUUCACAAGUACUGAAUUCAAAAUGUUUAUAGUCUGCAUUUGUAAAAUGUAGUAUUUAAGUGUCAUAAAUAUGUACUUUUUAUGAUGGCGUUUUGAAGUAGGUUGUUCUUAUUAACCUGUUAACUCAAGCUGGGUAAGUAUGAACGUGCGCAACCAGCGAUGGACACCGUUGCCGCCACUAUUUGGCGCCAAUAGUUGCCAUCUUUGCUUGGAUGUACGAAAUGUGUGCAUCAACAGUAGAUUCCAUCCAUUCAUCAUUGAUUUUUCAUUGUUUUUUGCAUGUAGAACUAGAGUAAUAUGCAAAUUUGGGGGAAAUUAUGGGAACAUUUGUCUCCAUUAUUGUACAUUUUGGUUUUCCUCAAACGUUUUAGAAUCAGCUGAUUCAAACGAGACCAACCUAAGUUCAGCAAAGCCAUAAAACAGGACCAGUUCAGCAGAAACCUUGUGACAGAGGGACUUUAACCCUAUUAAAACUGCAAGUUUCAACAUGUCCAAUUAAAUGUUGCAUACUUUGUAAAUUCAGUGAACAGUGAAGUUUUAAAGAAUGCUGGUAUACUCGUCAGACUCCAUUUAGGAGACCUGGUCGGACA